AUGGCUAUUAACUUUGAAGGAUCCUGGCCCCAUGAAUAUGAUUUCACCAUUAUUCAUCUAAAAGGUAGACUGCACGAAAACGCCGAUGCAUUGAGUCGAAUGUACGAUAAAGGUGAUAAUUACAUUGACCUCGAGUUUGAGGAAUACAAGGAGUAUAAGAAACUACAUCAGUUGCCGACUAUGAAGAAUCUUACAAUGAGACGAGGAAGUUUGUUCUCAGCACCAGAAGAGUGGGCCUUGGCGCACUGCUUGUCAAAAAAUUUCGCGAUGGGAGCUGGAAUUGCAAGACAGUUCAAGGAAAUCUACGGAUCUCUAGACAUAUUGACCCAGCAAGGACUCCCCGAGCGAAACUUGUAUCAUGUGGUAACUAAAGAUCAGUUCUGGGCGAAACCUUCUUAUAGGACCUUGUGGAACGCCUUACGACAAUUGAAGGAUAGUUGCGAGAAAAAUAAGGACCACAGGUUAGCUAUGCCAAAAAUAGAAUGUGGACUAGACAAACUAGACUAG